UCUGUAUAUAUGUAGCAAACAACAAAAAGUGACAUUUCUCCCUGAAGCACGCACGUACGCUCGGCGUGUGUGUGUGGCCGACUGUCUUGGCUUAGUGGCAGUGUGCUCCGCUGUUCGUGCGUUUACUAUAAACAGCUUUGGCUUCACUCGGGAAGCAAGAACAAGAAAAAUGGCCACGCUGACGAAGGUGGGUGUCCGUGAGGCACUGCAAGAAAAAGGAGUCCCGAUGCCGCCCGGCUCCCCGGAGGAGACCCUGGUGCGGCGCUACCGCGAGCACUUGCCCCGUUCGGACACCACGCGCGGAGGUCCCUUGGACUUCUCGAGCGACGAGGAAGCGGACACGAAGAGCCACGACACCAGCCUUCCCGUGGAAGUGUCCCAGGCCGUGCAUUCCCUAACCAACGAUCAGCUUUACACCAAGCUCAAGGAGCUCGGCGAUUCAGUUGGCCCCAUUGUCGACACAACGCGAAGCAUCUACGAGAAGCGCCUUCAGAGGUACCUCGACAAAGGUGCCACUCCACGGCCUCUUGCCAGUCCCAUGAACAACAACACGGCCGAGUUCUCAGCUACAGAGGAAGAAGCUGAGAAUGAUAAUGAGGACGACUACGAGGGCACUCCAUUGCAGGACGUCCCACCGUCUAGGCUUGGGCUCGAUGCCAGUGGCUCUCAUCUUAGCUAUGGCAGCUCCUACGGUGGAGUGUUUAGCUCAUCUGAUAUCAUGGAGGGCCCCCUGACAAGCCGGACGAGCACAUCCUUCACAGGUGCCAGCCCCCCACUGCAGAUGUCGCUGCGCAACCGGGCUAAGUUGGCAACGCCAAGGAAUGAGGCAAGCAGCAGCGGUAACCACGUGAAGGCAAAGGCUGGGCAUCAACAGCAGCAACAGAGGAAGGGCUUCUCUCUGCUUCUCAAGCUGGCCCUCGUUGUUGCCUUCGUCGGCAUCACUGUGCUCAUCUAUGCCAACUUAGAGUACUUCAAGUUUGAUGUCCCUGUGCCUACAGUAGUGAAGGCACGUCCUAAGUAGCAGGCACCUCCUCUCUCCAGCCACCCCGAAGCAGAUGCUACGCACAAAACAUGCACUGGAUUUAGUCAUCUCGUUUUAAUUUUUUUUUUGACUAAUGCAUUUUAAUAUUAUGAUGUUUUAAUAUUUGUUUAUUUACCAUGUCUAAUAAAACGUUGAGGUAAAUGGCGUGUGGAAA